UGUAUGCAAAACGCAUAGCUGAUUGGCUGAAGCUCUUUAUAUAAGCAUGUACUGUAGAUUUGUUAUCCAUUUUGAACUUGAACCCCCAGGCAUCGUCCCGUCUGACCACCGAGAGCGCGCGCGGUCGGGAGCGCGCGCGGAGUCAUGCAUGAGCGCUGCAGUUUUCUUUGAAGUUCAGGGGGAAAGAUGGCGAUGUGCGCGACGCUCACGCGCUUUUCCUGCAACUUUUCACUGGUUUUGCCCACUCUGUCUAGAACCGUAGGGUGCCAGAUACUAACAAGGACGAACAGAUCUACUUCACGGACUUUCUGCACGACGUCCUGGCUUUCACAAGCUCUCAGGUUUACAGACAAACACGAGUGGGUACGAGCAGACGGAAACAUCGGGACAGUCGGCGUCAGCGCUUACGCCCAGGAAGCAUUGGGUGAUAUCGUGUACUGCGGACUGCCGGAGGUCGGAACGAAGCUCCAACCAAUGGAGGAAUUUGGCGUGUUAGAAAGCGUGAAGGCCGCUAGCGAGCUGUACUCGCCUCUGACUGGAGAAGUCACUGAAAUCAACACAGAACUGACGGAGAACCCCGGACUCGUCAACUCGUCCUGCUACGAGCGUGGAUGGUUGAUUAAGAUGAUGAUAGAAAACCCUGCAGAGCUGGAAGCCCUUAUGGAUGAAGCUGCCUAUGAAAAAUACGUCAAGUCCCUGGAGUAGUUCCGUUGAUUUACACGUUAAAUCUGCUUUCUCUUUCUCUUUCUGUAUCAAAUAUAAACUGAUUCUAGUGCUUAAAAACCCACUGCAAAUUCUUAUGAUGCUAGCGAUUGGACUUCGUUACUUGUGCGAGUGUAAUGAGGAUUUAAAACACAUCUGUAGGUUUGAAAGAGCUCUGAGCUACAGGACCUGCAGUCCAGUUUUAGGUACUUUAGAAUAAAUUCGGAACAUUGGCGCUUUAGUCUUGGUAACGGUAUAAAACUGCAAGUUUCAUGUCCCGAGAAUGAUUUCUUAAAUAAUUGACUUUCAUGGAAGGACUCCAGUCAGGACACCUUAAAGCUUAAUGUGUAACUCGGUGCUUUUAUAUUUAGAUAAGUGGGAUUAUUGUCUGGAUAAUAGACAUGUAGAAGUGUCGAGUUUCUAGCUCACAGUUUUAACACAUUAAGCUAAGUUCAGAUGUUUGAGAGAGCUGAAAACGGAUAACUGUGUUAUUUUCCUGUUUCGGUAUUUAUUCACAGACUAAGUCUGUGAGAGAUUUGGUGUCGCUGUUUUGGUGGUCGUUUUGGUAAACUAAGCCACGUUAAGACUUAUUUCCACAUUACAGAACGUCCCCAUCAUUAACACGUGAACAAGCUGCGCAUCUGAAAGUAAAACACACCCGUACACGUGACAUUUUUGUUCCCACGGGAUCCCAGGAUUACUCCUUUAGUCACUAGGCGUUCAGAGAACUGAGGAUAAAGUGCACUAACGGGAAUCGUCCGAGUUCGUUACGACAGUCAGUUACAGGAGAGAUCAGAGCGUGUGCGAUGUUGGUCAGUGAUAAUUACGAUAAUAAGUGAUGCAUAUCUUUUCAAUUAGUGCUUGAUGCAAUGUGGGUUCCCCCCCCCCCCUGCAUGUUUAAUAGCAGCUUGCAAAGACUCGUUUUUGUCCCGUUCUGUAGCAAGAGACACCAGUCACUUAUCUGACAUUAAACCAGGACAGGAAACACACAACGUAAACACCUUGAUCUUUGAGCUUAGAUUAAGAUACUGAUAGGUUGCGGUGUGGGGAUUAUUAAUGAUUAAUGAACUGCUGAUCAUAGUCUCUGUGGCACGUGAAGAACAUCUCUGAGCAUUUUCUAAUGAUUCAGGCAUUUGAGCUGAAAUUUCAUGUCGAGCAAUUAACACCAGUGGAUAUAUACGUAGUCAUGGGGUAGAAAAUCAAGUACAGAGCUUAGGCUUAUACUUGAAUGAAAGUUUAAAAAAAGAGUCCUCACUUAAAUGUACUCAAAGUAUUUUACAAAUAAAUUAAAAGUGCCUUUUUUAAACAUGGUUUCAAUUGCAAAUUAGCAACUUGACUGUCUCCAUGACGAUUAUCCCCAGAACACAUUACAAAACAAUCCUGAAGCGAUCAGCGUGUGACUGGAGGCUUGCACGGCUCGGUGUGGAUCGUCUACUCAGUCAUCUCUGGGUGUUUCUCUGUCUUUGUCUAUGUAUUUUCCAUCUUAAUGUAUGUUGUGGUGUGAGAUGUUUCAGUUUUUCAGUAAAAGGUCGCAGGUUAUCCGUGGGUCUGUAAGCUCCAAAAGAUUAAAUCAUGUUUUCUGUGAUUCAGUCCAUAUGGUUUGCUUUUCUGUCAUUAAUAUUAGGUUAAUAAUAAAUGUCAAAUAAAACAUGAACUCUGCACUACCUUUAUUAUCCUUAGGCCAAGCGUUAUUCAUGUGAACUCGAACUGCUUCCUCUGUAGAAACUUGUAUUUGUGGUUUGUGAUUUGCGUGUUUAUCAGGAUGAACCAAUACUCCUAACACGAACCCAAAUGUUAAUCUGUUUGGCUAAGUUUAACACUUUUGGUGAAGUGUUUGCCAAGGCAAAUGACUAGUCUAUAAACACCUGUAACCUUGCCAGCAUUUCAGAAUACAGUUUCAUAUUUUGAAUUCACAUUAAUAAAAUAAAAUAAAAACCUCA